AUGACGGGCCGCGGGGUAGUUACGAUGGCGCCGCUGUUCAUGCUGCUUCUCCUCCUCUCGGGGUCCGCGGCGAUGGGGGGUCCUCGUCGGCACCGCGAGAGGUGGGAGGAAGGGGAGGGGGAGUGGCGGCCGGAGGAGGAGGGCAAGGGCGGAGGCGGGGAGCCAGCUGCUGGUAAAGGGCUGUUCGUCCUGGACAAGGUGGAGAAGGUGGUGGACUCGGAGGGUGGGCAGGUGCACGUCGUGCGUGGGCAGCCGUGGCCGCCGGCGUCCUUCAUGCACAUCGGCUUCAUCACCAUGGAGCCCAAGACGCUGUUCGUGCCGCAGUACAUGGACUCCAACCUCAUCCUCUUCGUGCAGCGAGGGGAGGUGAAAGUUGGAUGGAUCCACAAGGACGAGCUUGUGGAGAAAAAGCUCAAGAUGGGCGACGUGCUCCACAUCGACGCCGGCUCCACCUUCUACAUGGUCAACACCGGCGAAGGCCAGAGGCUGCAGGUCAUAUGCAGCAUCGACGCAUCAGAUAGCGCCGGCUUCGGCCCUUAUCAGUCGUUCUAUCUUGGUGGGGCAGGGAAACAGGGGUCGGUGCUGGGCGGCUUUUACCCAACGAUACUUACCACCGCUUUCAACACUACUUACGACGAAUUGGCAAGAAUUUUCACGGUUAAGUCUGGGCCUAUUGUGUUCUACACAAACACAACGGAUCCCGGGCGGGGAGACAAGAAGCGUGAUGCCGGAGAGAAGGAAAGGGAGAACGAUCCAUGGAGACCGGUGGGGAGAGGCGAUGAAGACGAACGUGGUAACGGGCAGUGGACAUGGUCGUGGAGGAAGCUGAUGGGCGGGUUCAUCGGAGGGGCACCCUCCAAUGCCGCGGAGCCGAAUAAGAAGUCAGACAAGACGGUGAGCGCGCCGGAUCCAUACAACCUCUUCGACCACGACCCCAGCUUCCAGAACGAUUACGGCUGGAGCGUCUCCAUCGACAAGCACGACUACGAGCCCCUCGGCCACUCCGACAUUGGCGUAUACCUCGUCAACCUCACCGCCGGUUCGAUGAUGGCGCCGCACGUGAACCCGAGGGCGACGGAGUACGGCGUGGUGCUCGGCGGGGAAGGUGACAUCCAGGUGGUCUUCCCCAACGGGACGCUGGCGAUGAGCGCGAAGGUGCGCCCCGGCGACGUGUUCUGGAUCCCGCGCUACUUCCCGUUCGCGCAGGUGGCGUCGCAGACCGGGCCGUUCGAGUUCUUCGGGUUCACCACGUCGGCGCGGCGGAACAGGCCGCAGUUCCUGGCUGGCGCCACCUCGGUCCUCCGCACCAUGCUCGGGCCGGAGCUCGCGGCCAGCUUCGGCGUCCCUGAAGAAGAGUUGAGGGAGGUGGUGCAUGCGCAGAAGGACGCUGUGAUACUGCCGCCGGUGCAGGAGAAGGAGCCGAGGGUUAUUAGGCAGAUGGUUAAGGAGUAA